GAAAACUCAUAUUAGUGUAGGGUACUACUCCGCGAUUUCUUUCGCCGCAAAAUGCGCGAAGUGCAGGUGCAGGAACUCGGGCGCGGUGAGCUGGACAUGGCAGCGCUCGCUCGCCUGCAGCGCGUGGUGAACCGCAGCACCUUCGUGGCCAUCGACACGGAGAUGGGCGGCGUCUCGUGCCAGGACGCGCCGCGCCCCAGCGUCAUGGACUCCAUCGACGAGCGUUACGCACAGUACUGCAAGAGCGCUAAGCAGUUCCCACUCGUGCAGUUCGGCCUCAGUAUCUUCAACUGGGACGCCGAUGCGCGCGUUUUCCGGGUCGAGACGUACCAGUUCCCGCUCUUCCCGGUUUUCCACGAGAAAGUGACGGGCUUGGGCCACAGCAACACUCCAACCAACGGAGUAACCGCUAUAGCCUGUCCAGACCGUAGAUUCCUACUACAAGCUAAGUGUCUGCAGUAUAUCCGCGCGCACGGCUUCGACCUGAACGCGUGGAUUGACAAAGGGAUCGGUCAUUUGUCCCACUAUGAACAGCAGCAAGAGCCGUGUAAAUCUGCACUUGAGAAGUCAGCUAGACCCGAAAUUCUUAGGAAAUUCGACCCACAGCAGCCUGCACUUAUAACGGACGAGACGCAGGCGUUCCUGGACCAAUUAACGGACAAAUUAAAGCAGAGACUGGCAGCAUUUGAAGAAGGAACACAGGAGACUGCAGCGCGAGGUGGAAAUGUCCAGGACAAUGGGACAAGACGUCGUGGGCGCCGUGGAGGCAAGAAGAACAAGAAGAAGAACAAUGGACGCGGUAAACGGAGAGGAGACAAUAGAGACCGACUAGGGAAGGAGCCGAUGGAGCCGCCGCAUGCUGAAGAAGAUAUAGAGAAUGGAAAGGAGGAAGAAGAAGACGAAGGUGUGGACGAAGAGAAGGAGCUGCCUGAGUAUGAUCAAAAGAUGGCGGACGAUAACGCUGAGCCUGACGAGGACACUGUGGCUGCGAUGAAGCGCUUCUUACUGACGCCAGUGCCUACUGACCCGUCGUGUGGCCCAUGCGGUGCGUACGUGACGGAGCCACUGGCACCAUUCCGUCGACAUGCAUUAGUGCAGUAUCUCCGCAAGGUUCUGCCUGAUACUUUAGCUUUGGAUUGUAAAGUAGACAACGCUGACGAUGAAGACGUCGCUCGAAACCCGUGGAGACGUCGUGUACGUAUCGUUGCAGCACGUUGUAUACGUCAGAGACAAGCGUUGGUGCGUGCGGACGAGCAACUAGCAGACGGCGAGAUGCGUGAGCGGAAUCUCAGCUUGAUCGGCUUUACAGCCGUGGUGGACGCCAUUGUGACCGCAAGGAAACCCAUCGUCGGACACAACAUGCUCCUUGAUCUCAUGCAGUGCUACGAGAAAUUCCAUGGCCCAUUACCAGGUCGCUGUUCGGAGUUUCAACGCGAAUUACAUGCGUGGCUGGGCGCAGGUGGAGGUGUUUUCGAUACCAAGACACUUGUGGACUACGCGAUGCAGAAGGUGGACUCGUUCGCCACUCAUUUGGCACAUACCGCACUUGAGAACUGCUUCGAAGUGCUGUCCAAGCACCCAUUCUACGGCCCAGAGGUGCAAUGCUCGCAGCCUAGCGUGCGCGGUGUGGACGCAGCAAGUGACGAACUAACGGGCUCGCCGCAGAAGCCACUGCAAGCACAUCAGGCUGGUUAUGAUGCCUUCAUGACGGGAUACGUAUUCCUUCGUGUCUGCUCUGGUCUCGCAGUGUCCAAUCAGUGUAUCGCUUCGCUGGGGAAGAACUCGGAACGCUCGGAGAGUUUAAAACACUCCGAACCACUGGAGAAGUUACGGAACGUUUUGUUUGUGAGCCAUUUUCUACCGACAUAUGUGCUGGAUCUACCGGGUCCGUACCCGAAGCCAACUCCGACACCGUCACGUUCUCGGUUUGUCCGGAUGAAAUUGACCCGUACCCGUGCACCUAUUCCUCCGGGUACAACACCUUUGCCAAAUGGGGGCAGCAAUUCUUGUCCAGCAUUGAAGACGUUUCAUAUCAAACAUUGUGUCGGAUGGGUACUUAACUUGCAGUCGGCGACGAGACUUGUGAACGUGCACUGGGAAGGACAGCAGUGUGUGUAUGUCGAGCUACCAACUGCCGAAGCUGCCGAGCGGCUGCUGACAGUACGUGCUCAAACGAAGGAGUGCUGGGGAUCUGCGAAAGACCCCAUGCCGUCAAUUGGAUGCGUCGACUUGGAUCGAUGCCCAACAUCUUACGACUGCGCGGAGAUGGAGGCAACGGCGACGAACUCAGCGCCACCACAGCUCGCGGAGCAGUCAGCCAGCGACGAUGAAAAAGCCGGCAGGAAACGCAAGAGUAGUGAGAUGGCACAGUAAGGCUGAUCGGUUGGUCUUCUUGCAUGUGUACUGUACACUAUGUAUGUACGCAGUGUACAUACAUAGUUGGCAUCGUGUCAAUGUAAUCACGCACUACGAUCUAAGUACAUGUUGCAAGCCUAUUGAGUAUUGGUGUUGUCCACUGAACUAAUCAUAUUUUAAGUUUACAUGUAAGCUAGACUAACUUAUCCGUACCACUUUCGUGACUGCUCCCAGACUAAAAUCAAGAAAAUGAGAUUGGG